CAGAGAUUGAUAAAACAGGGUUCGACAAACAGGGUCUAAAAUACCAACUUCUUUUUUUCUUUUCUCUUUCUUUUCUCCAUUUUGCUGUACCGAAAGUCAAUCCAACAAUGAUAAAAUGAUUCUUUACCCCCGCGCGAUUGGUUGUUUCCCAUCCGCCAAGGCUGCCCAUCCCCGCUCCCGGGAGGUUGGUUUCCCUGGGCAGCGGGGAUGCUGAAUGAACUGUGCAUCAUUGGAUGAGGGGAACCAUCCCAGUCGACAUGCAGAAUACAGCAGUUGGGUUACGUAUAGUGAGUUCUACAUCAUGAUAAUGAAGCAAUAGUCCACCCUACAAUGUGACAUCCCAAUCGGUUUUAAGCGAGCUGGCAGGGGUUUGUCCUAGCCGAACUCCGAUGAAAGAGACGAUAUAAAAAUAGGUGAGAUUUCUCUCCCGAUCUGCGGAAAAGGUUUUUGCCUGGUACGGCUUCAUCCCGGGUCCUUUUUGACUUCAACUCCCUUCUAUCCUAGCUGCAACACCACGCAGACUGGUUGGUCCUUUGGUCUCCUCUCGCGACCAUCCUCUCCUCAACAACAAUGCGUGUCAACUCCAUUCAGCUCGCCCUUGCCGGGCUCGCAGCUAUCAGCAAUGCAGUGCCUGUCAAGCAGAACUGCAACACCCAGAAGCCUAUCACCAAGCUUCAACUCGGGCCACGUCCUUAUUGGCUGAUUGACAGCCUCGAGGACAGCCCUCUCAAGACUGAGCUUGAGCAGUGCAAAGAGAUGGAGAUGAAGCCUACCGCCUGGUCCAUCGGACACCGAGGCGGCGGCACCAUGCAAAUGCCGGAGGAGUCUGUCGAGUCCAUCCUCGCUGGAACGCGAAUGGGAGCCGGCAUCCAGGAGUGCGAUGUUGCAUUCACCAAGGACCUGGAACUCGUGUGCCGCCACUCGCACUGCGACCUGCACACCACCACCAACAUCGUCGACAUCCCUGAGCUCAACGCCAAGUGCACCACUCCCUUCCAGCCCGCGGACCCGGCCACCGGCAAGGCCGCCACCGCAAAGUGCUGCACCAGCGACAUCACCGUCGCCGAGUACAAGACGCUCUGCGCCAAGAUGGAUGGCUCCAACCCCAACGCCACCACGACGGCCCAGUACCUCAAGGGCACGCCGACGUGGCGGACGGACCUGUACUCCAACGAGUGCGCCAAGGUCCUGACCCACAAGGAGAGCAUCAAGCUCAUCGACAGCCUGGGACUCAAAUUCACCCCCGAGCUCAAGACCCCCGAUGUCCCCAUGCCCUUCGCCGGCGACUACACGCAGGAGAAGUUCGCCCAGCAGAUGAUUGACGAGUACAAGGAGGCCGGCAUCGGCCCGUCGCGCGUCUACCCGCAGUCGUUCUUGUACGCCGACGUCCUGUACUGGCUCAAGGCCGAGCCCGAGUUCGCCAAGCAGGCCGUCCUGCUGGACGAGUCGGCCGACGCCCCCGGCGCAUUCCCCGGCGCGGUCGCGAACCUGACCCGGUACGCCGCCGACGGUGUGCGCAUCAUCGCACCUCCGAUGCCCUACCUCGUGACGGUUGGCAACGACACCAACGGCAAGGAGAAGAUUGUGCCUUCCAUCUACGCCACCGAAGCCAAGCGGCUCGGCAUGGACAUCAUUGCCUGGACGGCCGAGAGGUCCGGCUGGGUUGGCAACGCUGCCCGGUCUAGCGACUACUACUACACCACCAUUGCAAACUACACCAAGAAGGACGGCGAUGUCUUCCAGCUUCUGGACGUCCUGGGCAGGGAUAUCGGUGUCUUGGGAGUCUUCUCUGACUGGUCGGCCACGGUGACGUACUAUGCCAACUGCUUUGGUCUGUUCCCUUGAGAGAUUUAAGACAUGAUGUUAUGAUAGAAUAUAGACUAGCCCAGACUAGCAUAGUACCUAAAAUUAGGCCAGGCCAGGCCACGCCAGUAAUAUAUAACUUGAAAAGAUGG